AUGGCGCAUGUCCGCUGCAGCCCGACGGCAUGCGCCGGCGGCUGCCCCCGGCUUCGCGGCCCCCCGCACCCUCCUGGGGGCCCGGGGCCGCCGGCGCCCCGCUGCCGGCCCGGGCUGCUGCUCGCCGGCCCCGCCGCCUGCCUGGGCCUCGGCCUGCUGGGCGCCGCCGUGCGCUGCCAGGAGGCCGCUGCCAUCCUCCCUGCCGCCGCCGUCCUCCCCGCCGCCGCCGCCGUCCCUGUGCCGCCGCCGGAGCCCGCCUUCGCCUGGGCCGAGUUCUGGACCUUCCUGCGCCCGCAGCUGCUGGCGCUGUCGGCGGCCGUGGCGCUCGCCCUGGGCGCAGCCCUGCUCAACGUGCGCAUCCCGGCACUGCUGGGCGAGCUGGUGGACGUGGUGGCCCGCUGCGCCCGGGGCCACCUCGCCGGCUACUUGCAGGAGGCGCGGCAGCCGGCCCUGCGCCUGCUCUCGCUCUACGCGCUCCAGGGGCUGCUGACCUUCGGGUACAUCGCGCUGCUGUCGCGUGCUGGCGAGCAGGUGGCGGGCAGCAUGCGGAAGGCGCUCUUCGCCUCCCUGCUCCGGCAGGACGUGGCCUUCUUCGACGCCAAUAGGACGGGGCAGCUGGUGAACCGGCUGACGACCGACGUGCAGGAGUUCAAGUCCUCCUUCAAGCUUGUCAUCUCGCAGGGGCUGCGCAGCGUCACCCAGACCGUGGGCUGCUUCGUCUCGCUCUACGUGCUCUCGCCCAAGCUGACCGGCCUCCUGCUCGUGGCCAUGCCCACGCUGGUGGGCGCCGGCGCCCUCAUCGGCUCCUUCCUCCGCCGCCUCUCCCGCCGGGCGCAGGAGCAGGUAGCCAAGGCCACGGCAGUGGCCGACGAGGCGCUGGGGAACGUGCGGACGGUGCGCGCCUUCGCCAUGGAGGACAGGCAGGCGGGCGCCUACUGCGCCGAGGUGGACCGCUCGAGCCGGCUCAACGAGCGCCUGGGCCUGGGCAUCGCCGCCUUCCAGGGGCUCUCCAACGUGGCGCUCAAUGGCAUCGUGCUGGGGACCAUCUUUGUGGGCGGCUCGCUGAUGGCCGGGGACGGGCUCUCACCGGGAGACCUCAUGUCCUUCCUGGUGGCAUCACAGACAGUGCAGAGGUCCAUGGCGAACAUCUCCAUCCUCUUCGGGCAGGUGGUGCGUGGCCUCAGCGCCGGCGCCCGCGUCUUCGAGUUCCUGACGCUGGAGCCCAGCGUGGCACUGCGGGGGGGCUCCCGCAUCCCCGGACACUCGCUGCUCGGACACAUCUGCUUCCGCGACGUCUCCUUCAGCUACCCCACGCGCCCUGGCUACGCGGUCCUGCGCAACUUCAGCCUCACCCUGCCGCCCUGCAAGACUGUGGCCAUCGUGGGACCCUCCGGAGGAGGGAAGUCGACGAUCGCGGCGCUGCUGGAGCGCUUCUAUGAGCCCACGUGGGGCUCCAUCACCCUGGACGGCCACGACAUCUCCUCCCUGGACCCCUCGUGGCUGCGGGGGCAGGUCAUCGGCUUCAUCAGCCAGGAGCCGGUGCUCUUCGGGACGACCAUCAUGGAGAACAUCCGCUUCGGGAAGCCCGGAGCAUCCGACGCAGAGGUGUACGCUGCCGCCCGGCUCGCCAACGCCGACGGCUUCAUUCGCAGCUUCCCCGAGGGCUACAACACCGUCGUGGGCGAGCGCGGCGUGGCGCUCUCGGGGGGCCAGAAGCAGCGCGUCGCCAUCGCCCGGGCCCUGGUCAAGAACCCCUCGGUGCUGAUCCUGGACGAGGCCACGAGCGCACUGGAUGCCGAGUCGGAGAAGGUGGUGCAGGAGGCGCUGGACCGGGCGGUUGCGGGCCGCACGGUGCUGGUCAUCGCCCACCGGCUCAGCACCGUGCAGGGCGCCGACCUCAUCGUGGUGCUGGCGCAGGGCCGCGUGGCCGAGGCAGGAACCCACGACGAGCUGGUGCGCCGCGGCGGCCUCUACGCCGAGCUGAUCCGCCGGCAGAUGAAGGAGCAGGCCUGAGCGCGGGGCCCGUCCCGGAGGGGGGGCCGGGGCUGGGGCCGCGGCCCCUGCGCCCCCGGCGGGGGGCUGCGCUGCGGGCUGGAGCUUGGCCCCACGCCGCGGUGUUUGCUCAAUAAAGGCCGGACCAGGGGGA